AUGAAUUCAAAAUCGAAAGUAGACAUUUCCGUUGUUUAUAAGUUAAACUAAAAUUUGGAUAAAACGUAAAACAUUAAUCAACCAUUUCGCUAUUUGUGGUAUCUAACUGAACUAGGUGAUAAUCUACCUCGCCAACAUAGACUUGCUGUGUUGAAGACAAUGAACUAUUAAAAUAAACUUCAAAUUGCCGCCGUUGAAAGCCGUGUAGAUGGAGGCUGUCAUUGGGCGGUGCGUCGUCUUGAAAAAUCUUCCACCAGAAUCAAGUGAAGUCGACGUCAGAAGAUUUCUCGACGACGUUGGACACGCGACAGCUUACACAGAAAUUGAUAGAUACCCAGUGGACGAUCGCGACGUGCGAUGGGUCGUUCUAUUUGACAGCGAAGAAGAUGCUAAACUUUGCCUAGACGACAAGUCCUAUCGCUGGAGGUACCAUGGAAUUGAAACGAAGGUUACCACAGACCUCUGUUCGGAGUGCAUUGUCCCUGAUCACUGGCUACAGGACGUUGGUGAUGUAACGAAGAACACUGAAGAUGAAUGGGAAGUGCUUCAAAGCAGUUUGCUUGACGAUGAUCCAGUAGUUAUAGCAUCCGAUGUUCGAAUGGGUGUUCAAGAAACAGAACAGUUUGCUUCUUAUGAUACAGACGAUUUAUUUGCAUCAAUGCAAAAAGUGUACAUCAAUCCAUUGGAUCCGGCAGAAGUUAAACCAAAUGAGGACAUCCCUGCUGCAGAAGAAGAAAAAGACCAUUACACAACUAGCUUUUCUUCCAGUUCCCUGUUUCGAUCAGGUAGGGAAUCGAGUCUGUCCAAAGCGGAAUCACCAGAAAGUGAAGAGAAAGCUGGGUCAAGCAAGGAGCAAAUAAUGGAAGAAAAUGUCGAUAAAAGUGAUGAUAACGGCAAUGCGUUCAUUAAAGUGGGCGAACGAAAACAUGAAAGUGAUAUGACCAACGCAGAGGAGUCAAUGCCAUCCGACGAUAUGUUCGGUUCAUCUGAUACCCAAUCGCAUGAGAAACCAAAGUCUUUGACUGAGUCCAUUCGGUCAGCUGAUUUGUUUUCAGCAGGAGAUGAUGAAAAGAUUGUGUCCAAAGCGGAAUCCUCAGAAACAAAUGAAAAUAAAGAUGAAUUUAGCGAGCAGCAAUUCGUUGAGGAAAAUAUCGAUAAAAGUGACAGCGACAAUGAGUUUAUUACAGUAGGCGAGCGGAAAAAUGAAGGAGAGAUGAUUGAAUUAAAGGCUUCAGUGCCAUCCGACGAAACGUUUGGUGCUGCUAAUGCCCAAUCAAAAGAUAAACCAAAGUCCUUGACUGAGUCCAUUCGGUCAGCUGACCUGUUUUCAGCAGGAGAUGAUACAAAUAUGGAAACUGCAAUGAAUGUGCACGAAACAAAAGAUGUGAUGAAAAACGCGGAAAUGGAUACAAGCCUGUCUGAAUGUCACAAGAAGGGUAACAAAUCAUUGGAUGACACAACCAAUACCGCACAAAAUUCAGCCACUGAGUUUUCUCAACCAGCUCAAACUGAACAUGCAUCACAUAUGUUGCAGUAUCCAUUUCCUGUGAUGUACCAACCGCCGGUUUAUCAUCCUUCUACGCAUGGUCAAAUGCCUGUUUAUCCAAUGCCAACUUCAUCAUAUACUCCCGGAUACAUACCACCCCAAGCACAGGGCGCUUAUAUGUAUGUACCAUUCCAUUACAUCCCUCAAGGAGCAAAUGCGUCAACAGAUGCAACAGUUCCAUCGACAGCUGAGGGUGUUCCUGAAUAUCCGGGACAUUAUGUGCAUCCACUUUAUAAUGUGCAUUUUAAUCCUGCUUCAUACAACACGACCGAUCCUCACAACCUCAAAACCACAGAGUUAAAUCAAACAAAACUGAACGCCGAGAAAGCACGUGUGGAGACAGACAAGAAGGAUUUUUACGACUAUCCUCCGUCACCUACAAAAGACGUUAGUUCCCCUAUAUCAGAACCAAAGGUACCCAUACCAAAGUCAGGUGAUGUUAAGGAAAAAGAGUAUUCGAAGUUGACACCUGUCGUUCCCGAAUAUGAAGAUGAUGAAGAACACAUCUACGACGAAAUAGAAAUGGCAAGCUCCGUCACUAAACCUACUGUCCAUGACCUAGUUUCGAGUCCAACCGCAAAGAAGGAACCACCUACACUUCCAAUACCAAGAAAAAAAUUGAGAAUUUUCGAAGAAACAGACGAAUUAACACCACCUCCAAAUGCUUUUAUUGUGGUUUCGGGUAUAGAUCAGAAUGUCUCUGUGGAAGAUAUUGAGCUGUUUUUCGAGAACAAGAAGCGUUCCGGAGGAGGAGACAUUCAAAAGAUAGAAUUCAAAGAUGGAAAAGUAAUCAUUGAGUUCAAAAGUUUUGAAGUUGCCUUGUCAGUGUUAAAGAAGUCUAAAACGGAUGGAAUAUAUUUUCGGAAAAGUAAAAUUGACGUGUGCGAAUAUAUCCCUACUCCAAAAGACCCCUUAAAAAUGUUCGUUAAGGGUGUAUCCGAUUCAACAACUGAUGAGAGCAUUGAAUUAUUUUGUGAAGCUCGAUUGAAAAUUGCUCCACAUCAAAUCGAGCGAGGUGUUACACCUGGCACAGCUUUGUUAACAUUUUCAUCACCUCCAGAUAUAGAACGUGCUAGAAAAAUAUGUUUAGAACGUGCAUGUGAUGGGGAAUUCUGGGACGUGUUUGACGUCGAGGAAUCUCGGGCAGUUCUCGUAAGUGGAUAUGGAGAAAAAUCAGAAGAAGGUCUUUUAUAUUACUUCGAAAACAAAAGAAGAAGUCAAGGUGGAGAUGUUACAUCGGUCGAAAAACACUCUCAGAAUGACGCUUACAUCGUUACUUUUAAGAAACGGGAAGAUGCGGAAAGAGUAUGUAAACCGGCUUUUGCCCACAAACUAGAUGGUUGUGACCUUGAGGUAUCGUUAUACUACCCAUGCAUUGAUUUGGAGAAAUCGUCAGUUAUAACACUUCCUCCACCUUACAGUGUUACAGACCUGGAUAACUAUGUAAUGAGAUUCCUACGGAGGUCCAAGGAAUACAAAUCUGAACUCGAACAACGUUUAAAGACCAUUGACGCAGAACUCAAUUGGGUAUCAGACGAAACAGAAGGCGACACGCUGCUCAUCAAAUGUGUCAUAGAUGUUAAAGACAAAGACGCUCGAAAGAAAAUAAGCGAUUGGCAGGAUAACAGCACGUCUUGCGUCAACUGGUUCCGCGAAAAUAUCAUAGCCAAUACACGACCCAUUGCCUGUGAGAUAUGGCAGAUAGCAAAUCGAGCUUUCCAUGGUUUGACUGUUAAUCGACCUGAAGCGGUGGCAUUGUUUCCAGACAAACAAGCGUCUUCCGUUGUUAUUGUGGGCGAGAAAAACGAAGUGCUUAAAUUAGAAGCACAGAUUAGGAACGUAAUAGCCAAGCUCGAGGAUGAGUUGGAAAUGAGCAACGAGACCGUAACAAAGGUGAUAAAAUUACGGCACUUUGAAAUGACGAUGAUGCGGGCUCUUAGAAUCGAUAAGAAGCCCAAUAUACCUGACCUUGAAAUUCAGAUUGAUGGAGCGGAAAGGGAAGUCGUUUUGAAGGGAUUCAGAAAGGAUGUUGAUGCGGCGUUUGAACGUAUAACUUCAAUUAUCAAGGGGUUAAAAAAGAAAAAAGUUGAAGGUUAUACGAAGUUGAGCUUUGACAUGUUGUUUGCUAAGGAAACCAGAGAUUUUAUAAAGAAACAGUUCUCAAGACAGAAGCUAAUCGGGGUAUGGGAUGUGUUUAGAAAAGUUACACUGUUCAUGUAUAGUGACACAGGAGAGUCGCUUGACAAAUGCAUAAGUAUACUACAAAACACAUUGUCUGAAAACCACAUGAGUAGGACGACAGCAACAGAAACGCUUUACACGGACGAAGGAAGGACCUUUAUUGCAAAGUUGGAGAGAGAGCAUGUUGGACUUUUGAAAUUUCUUCUCAACGAUAAUGAGAUUGUUUAUUCAGUAACUGAUGUCGAUGGCUUGCUUGGGGAAAUCCAGCGCCAGUUACACGCUUUCCUGGAUUCAAGUAAAGAGGUUACUGAAUUUGUUGACGCAGGAAGCUCUGGAAAAUAUUUGUACAUAUUCAACUACAAAAAGAAAGAAAUAGAAAAUAUUGAACGGCAAUAUUCGCGAUUGAAUGUAACAAUUCAGGCUGUUGAUGAAAAGGUAUCAAAUGGAUUUCGAGUCAGGGGGAAAAAAGAUGGCUGCAGGGCAGUUAUCACAAAAGUCAGAGAACUGAUUGACUCUGUCACUGAAAAGGAUUUGAAAAUCGAAAUACCCGGUUUUGAUACGUUUGUAGAGAGUACGUCAGGUAAAAGCGCAAUAAGAGAGGUUGAAUUCAAACAUAACUGCAUUAUUAGGCUGGAAGUAGAUGGCAAAAGAAGGAGUACAACUGCUGUUGUGUCGAAGGUGUUAUCCUGUUUCAAAGAAGGCAAAUGUACAGUUUCGUACGUCGAGGGAGAUUUGCUAGAAAUGACGGCAGAUGCUCUUGUUUGCCCGUGCUUUAAAACGCUCAAGUACUCGAUUGGUCUUGGAGGAAACAUCAUUCGAUGUGGUGGCUACAAGAUUCAGCUUGAAUGUGAUCAAAUAUCACGAACACGAACAUUAUCUUACGGGGAUGUACUGAACACUACUGCCGGGAACUUAAGAUACAAGGCAAUUUUGCACACCGUGACGCCCAUUUAUGAAACGCAAUCACAAACAGAGAAACAACUAUUGGGAAGCACCGUUUUUAAUGUUCUUGAAACGGCUGAUAAACACCGUUAUACAUCGAUCGUUUUCCCACCAAUUGGAAAAGGGACUUAUAAAUUCCCAGUUCAAGUUGCUGCUAUGAUCACAGUCAGCGCAAUUAAGAAGUAUCUGCGUGAAAAUGAUAAGACGUUGAUUGAAAAGAUAACCAUCUGCGACAUUCAGCCUGAAACAAGAGAUACUUUCCUACAAGUGUUUGCUGAGCCUACCGCAGUUCGAAAACGAGAUCCCGAUCCCGACAGGCCCAGAACGGAAUCGAGAAUAGAAAUAAAAGUCGGUACUCUUGUAUCACAAACGGCGGACGUGUUGGUCAACUCUACCAACAAAUAUUUAGACAUGCGAGUUGGAAGAGUUUCAAGGCAGUUGCUAGCAGCUGCCGGGCAGGAUGUACAAGACGAGUGUGCGAAAAACUACACAGAGGGUAUCAGUUACGGUCAAGUGGCUGUUACAACUGCGGGUCAAUUAAGGACCUGCAAAGUAAUCUUUCACGGCAUGCUGCCAUCUUGGGACGGGGGUAGCGGUCAAUCAGUAGCGAUUCUUCACAAGUUUGUUUCAAAAUGCCUCGAGGAUGCCGACAAAAUAAAAGCACGCUCGAUCGCGUUUCCGGCACUCGGUACUGGUCCAGCUCUGGGAUAUCCAAUUGAGGUAGUGGCUGAAACAAUGUUUGAUGCAGUCCAAACUUAUUUUAACAGUGCACACGAAAGAAGAAUAAAAAAAGUUUAUUUCGUCAUUUGGUCAGGAGACACUGACACAAUAAAGGCAUUCAACAGCGAACAUCAAGCACACUCUUCUGGGUUUAGGAGAGGUUCCGUCCGAGCAAGCAAACACAUACCACAACACGACGAGACGAUAUAUGAGAGAGGAAGAGGCAGAUCGGCAAUGACAGUUGGGAACGUGGCACUUGAAAUUGUUCAGGAAGACAUAACACGACAAACUACGGGAGCCAUUGUUAAUAGCACUCUUGAAAAGCUAAAUCUUUCACUUGGGCUGGUAUCAAAAGCCAUUUUAGAAGCUGCUGGGGCAGGAAUUCAACUAGAAUGUCUUCAGGCAGGCAACAGAGAAAGGAUCGUCAAAGAGGGUAUUGUUGUAACAACAGCUGGGAAGCUCAUGUGUCAAAAGAUCAUCCAUGUUCGUGCGCGAAACAGUGCGAACGGUUGGAAAGAUUCUAUCAUCAAAUGUUUGCAGGAAGCUGAAAUCCUGGGGCUAAAUUCAAUCGCUUUCCCAGCACUUGGAACAGGGGGCAAAGGUCAAGGUGUGGAUGUGAUGGCGAAAUGUUUUUACGAAUCACUAAAACAAUAUGUAGAGAAGGGAUAUACCAAGGGAUGUUUGAAAACUAUGCGGAUCGUUCUCUACGACACUGCCAUGGUGGAGCAGUUCACAUCGACCAUACAGGCGCAGACAAGCAAAAAACCUUUGUUUUCGUUGCCAUGGAGAAAGGAAGAAACUGUUGCACCGGUUACCCUUCACAUCUACACUGAUUCAAUUCAUAACGCGGAAAUGGUCAGGGAGAGCAUCAGCAAACUACAUACAGUUGACGAGCUGUCUUACCCGGCUAGCUUGAUGGAAUAUGUGCGAGAGGCCCAGAUGAAAGAUAUUCGUGGCUUGGCAACCAAGUUAGAUGUAAAAAUAACCAAGACUAGGAGAGGAUUUCGUGUUGAUGGUUUUGGAGGUUCAGCUAAAGAAGCCAUCAAACAAGUAGAAAAGCGUAUGACGACGCUCGAAAGAGGAAUACUUUUAGAAACAGCAAAAACGACAAUCAAGCUCCCGAACAAUUGGAAAAUGAAACUGUCAGAUAGGCCACACGUUGAAAUUCUUAGACCGAGUGAUAGUGAUUUUGCAACAGUUGCCCUUGCAUUUACAACACAGACAGGGAAACCGAGUUAUAACAUAAUACGGAUUGAGCGCAUACAGAACCCAGCAUUAUACAUGCAGUACUGUGGUAAGAAGAGUGAACUCGAAGCCUCAAAAUCGUCAGGAAUUAUUGAGCGCUGGUUGUGGCACGGGACAAGGGAUGGAUCUGUUUGCAAAAAUAUCAACGAGAAAGGAUUUGACAGAAAUUACAAUACAGGUGCCAGUUUAGGACAAGGUGUUUAUUUUGCCGUUGACGGGGGGACAUCGAUGAGCUACUGUGGCCAGGAUGAAAUGGGUUUUCGACGGAUGUAUUAUGCUAAAGUAUUAACAGGCGAUUAUGCUCAGUCCCAUGGAGCGAUAAGGACACCACCUAAUAAAGGAGAUCCGAACAACCCGCAUAAGACAUACGACUCAGUAGUUGAUAACACAGCUAAUCCAGGCGUCUUCGUGAUUUUUCACGAUGCACAAGCUUAUCCGACGUUCCUUGUUACAUUUCGGUAACUGUAUUAUGAUCAAGAACGCCAUUAUUAUGGACUUAUGACUAAACACAAAGGAGCUCAGUCUAUCUUAUCCCCGUCUUUGCACCAUGUUUUACAUAUGUUACUAAUAUUAUAAUUCAUGUUUCUCUACGGUUAUCGUUAGGUAUUCUACGUGUGUAUUUGCAGUGAAGUCACGAAAUGAUUCGUCUCAUUAAAGUUUUAAUCGUAUAUUCUCAUGUAUUGGGAUUCUUCGAACAGCGACUAGUGUUUUUUAACAAAAUUAUACAUGAACUGCUGAAGUUUGAAAUGUAUUUUUUCGCUGGAGCUCUUGAGCUUAGUGAAGGGAAAGUAGUUCCUCACGAGUACUUUUUAUCUUUACCCCUGGGCAAGAUGAGGGAAUCCAGCAUGGCUAAUAGUUUGAUCUACUUAUCUGGGGUGGGAGAACAGGAAGUCACGAUUAAACCGAUAUCGCUACAUCAAUAUUCUUCGGGUGGGAUUUCGUGGAGUUAUUGACGUGUGUGUUGGGAACAAAUUGACCGUUUCCACUAUAUUUUUUCUAUAGCUAUUGUGCCAUAUGGCAUGACGAUUUUAACGAUUUGCUGCGUGUCGUGUAUAGUAGAUAAAUGGUGUUAUAUUGAUACCUUAUCAUUACAAUCCAUUCGAAUUGAACAUGAACAAAUAAUAUAUAUUAGUAAUUUGCAUUUAUGAUGGUGUAUUUACCCUCUACACUAAACAUAUAGCAUAGUGUGUUUAUUUCCCAUUAAGUAUGUCAAUUUUACAACGUUUUUGAUGUCUGAUGAAUGAAAUAAAUCACAGCAAUGUUAUCAUUGAAUCACGAUGAUGAUGUUACCUCUCAUUUUGUUGGGGAUGACUAUUAUGUACCUUCAUAAUACAGGACACUAGCGAUUUAUGUCUAUAUGAUCAAAAAUAACAAUUAUUGGCAAGCUGUUUGUGCCUCUUGUGUAGAAUAUUGUAUGUUGAAUCCUUUUAUAGAAAAUAGAAGAGCAUGACAAAAGGGUGCAGCCGGAACUAAGCUUUUUAUUUUUAGAACUUGAAAAGUAAAACACUACUUUUGUGAACAUAUUAGAAUCGAGACUUAUAAAUAUUUCGGAGUCAUAGCACGCUUGCGGAUCAAUAAACAAAACAUUUGUUUAAAAUCAAAUUAUUUAACUCUCUAUAGUUCAGUCGGGAGGGCUCCUGAUUGCUAGCAUCAUUGGACACUGCGUGAUGGGUUCGACUCGCACCAAAGCCACAUAAACAUAUGUCAACUGAAUUUACCUUCAGGCGUUAUUAAAAAGAAACAAUUAUCACACAGAACAACUUCCAUUUAAAUAGAACUUCACAAGUGCCGACCUUAUGCAAAAGAUAAAAGUAGAACGAGUUCGGUCAUAACUCAAGUGUUCUAUUGAAUAUAAACAGGCGAAAAUCGAAUAAUACUCAAUUCUUAUUGGCCAACACAAAAGUGCAUACACUAAUAUUUACUAUUUUUACUAAUUCGUAAGUUCUAAUUAAUAAGUGGCAUAAUGAUCGUGUUUGAAGAUCGAGAAACUGGUAAAUGUCAAACAUGACUGAACUGUUAUAUAUUAUUAUAUAUCAUAUAUUUUUUUAUUUUAUGAUGUUUUGAUGUUGAUAAGGUUGUUGAUUUAUUGUUUAUGCUGUUGUAGUUUGAUGAUGGCCACAUUGUACAUAAUUGAUGUUAUACAACUAUAGUCGAACCCCGUUGGCUCGAACUCGCUUGGCUCGAAGUGAACGUUUAGGACCGAAUUCAUUAUGCUGAACCGAAGUAUUUCCGCUUGGCUCGAAUUUUCCGAGGCUCGAGGUAUAUUCGCUGGUCCUUUGGAGUUCGAGCCAACGGGGUUCGACUGAAGUGUGUUACCUUAUACUAUAGCUUUAACAAACAUGCAUAUACAUGUACCUGUACAUGCGUUUUGAUUGACUAUUAUGCAUUGUACAAUAUCCGACAUUGAUAUUUGUGUAUGUUAAUUUACGUGAUCGUUUUAAGAAAAAACACAAUUAGUAGUUUUCAUGGCAAUGAAGAAAGGAAUGUUUUUUAAAACAAAAUAUGUGAAAUAACAAAGCCUUACAUUGUUCAUUAGAUGUUGAGAUCGGGUAUUCUCUCGUAAAAAAUCAGUUUGUGUGAAAAAUAUCCUAAGAAUAUGGAAACGUUUCAGGGACUUCCGAUUUUGGGUAAAACGAACAAAGAAUGUUGUCCUUGUUAUAAUGCAACUACAAUUGUAUACCGUUGCGUUAUUUCAUAGUUUUGCGACAUGCAUGUAAAUUAUUAAUAAUACAACAUUGACAUUUUGAAGUCCAUUUAACGCUUCCUUUGUUGCCUUAUUUGAAACAAGCGUUAUCAAUUUACAUGAUACCCCUUAAUUCGGUACAAACGAUUGUUGAGAGUGCUUCACUUACCAUAGUCAAUCGGAACACCUCGGUCAUCUCCGCCAUAUGACGAGGGAAAAUGGCCGAUGUGCUCCGAUUGACUGUUGAUAAAAGGUUUAUGCUCCUGACUUAUCUCUCCCCCAUAAUAUAUUUAUGUAGUUAUCUACGGUGUUUUAAAUAAUAUGUAUAUUUAGCUCGUCUGCUUGUUGUGAUAGCGUUAGCGUCGUCGUAGCGGACAACCUUUGACCUUGGCCUUAACGCAAAAGCCAUUCAAGAUAUUGGAAUACAACUUAGUACGCAUGUUGCCAGAGAAAAUACGCACUUGAAUUAUAGUUGAUUAAUGCCUCUGUAACUGGGGAGAUUCAAGACUAGCGUUGGUCUGCGCUUUGCGGAGCUCUUGUUAUAAAUGAAACAUUCAAAACAUGUAUGUUUGAAUUCGUGUUUGUUUACGACUACUGAUAUGAGUAUUAAUUAUAUGUUUUUUCGGUGGUUUUUAGACAUUUAUCCGUGAAAAAAGUUAUUUUAAUGUUUUAAACAGUGAAAUAACAUUUUGAUAUGUUUCACUGUUUUGAAUUUUUAGCCCGCUCUGAAUUUUAAACCAAACGUCAGCGCGAACAGGGCUUGGGCACAAUUUCUACGAAGUCAUUUCUGAAAUUUGGCUGCUCUGAAAAACAAAUUUUGGUGCUUAUUUGGUGAAAUAUAUUGCAAUGUUACACUGAAUCAAACAAUUAUCCGCUAUGUAAUACCUUAUGUAUAUAUGUUAAUUAAAAGAAUGUUUGUGUCACGA